AUGGUCCUCCUCACAGUGACACCCUCGAUCUUGGAAGCUCUACAAAGAGUUGAAGAUGCGCCGAGUAAACUACAACGAGAUGGCGAACCAUUACUGAGCGAUGUCGAUAUCGGCGCGCCAAUCUCACAUGGGCAGAUCGUGGAUUUGUGGAAUCUACUCAAAGCUGAUGAUCACAAAGAGUACAACUUGGAGAUACUGCUGAGAGGUUCCAGCGUUUACAUGCCUCCGCCGCCACUAAAGCCUGAGCCGUCCGAUGAAUACAAAGCAUUGAUGGCCAGACUUCGUCGUGAUGAGGAGGAGCGCGCCUAUGAACGCAUGAUCAACCCUGUUCAACCCAUGGAGACCUUCUCGCAAAUGUUCCCUUCAAGCACGGGAAUGGCACGGUCAUUCGCCGAAGCCAACAGACCUACUCGAAAGGAAGACAUGGGCGACGAUGAUGUGACUUAUGACGAGGUGCACCGCCAACUGAUGCUCAUCUUCAACUUCAUGGUUACCAUUCUCGGCGUGGCAGCUACUCUCUGGAUUUUGGCAAGAUGGUGGAGCACUCCGGCUAGGAUCUUCCUCACCAUGGGCGGCAGUAUCAUUGCAGGUAUUGCCGAAGUUGCCCUGUACUCGGGCUACGUGUGGCAUCUCGGUCAGGCGAAGAAGAAGGACAAAACUUUCAAGGAGGUCAAGGAGGUGGUUCAGACGUGGGUCGUUGGUUCGGAGGAGAAAGAGGCAGCGGACAAGCCGAUUGCAAUUGAGGGCAAAGAGUCUACGGCCGAGGAUACAAACCUGAGGAGACGUAAGAAAUAG